AUGUUUUCCUGUGAUAGUUGUGAUGAGAACUCUGUCAGUACUGCAGGAGCAUCUUCUUGUACUGCUUGUAAUGCUGGAACUGUAGCUAAUGAUGAUUCGACAGAAUGUGAUGAAUGUGCAGCGGGAACAUACAGAGAAGCAGACAUGUCCUCCUGUGAUAGUUGUGAUGAGAACUCUGUCAGUACUGCAGGAGCAUCUUCUUGCACUGCUUGUAAUGCUGGAACUGUAGCUAAUGAUGAUUUGACAGAAUGUGAUGAUUGUGCAGCGGGAACAUACAGAGAAGCAGACAUGUCUUCCUGUGUUAAUUGUGAUGAGAACUCUGUCAGUACUGCAGGAGCAUCUUCUUGUACUGCUUGUAAUGCUGGAACUGUAGCUAAUGAUGAUUCGACAGAAUGUGAUGAUUGUGCGGCGGGAACAUACAGAGAAGCAGACAUGUCUUCCUGUGUUAGUUGUGAUGAGAACUCUGUCAGUACUGCAGGAGCAUCUUCUUGCACUGCUUGUGAUGCUGGAACUGUAGCUAAUGAUGAUUCGACAGAAUGUGAUGAAUGUGCAGCGGGAACAUACAGAGACGCACACAUGUCUUCCUGUGAUAGUUGUGAUGAGAACUCUGUCAGUAUUGCAGGAGCAUCUUCUUGUACUGCUUGUAAUGCUGGAACUGUAGCUAAUGAUGAUUCGACAGAAUGUGAUGAAUGCUCAGCGGGAACAUACAGAGAAGCAGACAUGUCUUCCUGUGAUAGUUGUGAUGAGAACUCUGUCAGUACUGCAGGAGCAUCUUCUUGCACUGCUUGUAAUGCUGGAACUGUAGCCAAUGAUGAUUUGACAGAAUGUGAUGAAUGCGCAGCGGGAACAUACAGAGAAGCAGACAUGUCUUCCUGUGUAAUUGUGAUGAGAACUCUGUCAGUACUGCAGGAGCAUCUUCUUGUACUGCUUGUAAUGCUGGAACUGUAG